AUGUAUCCCUUGGUUCUUGUUGACCCCUGCGGCGCCUUGGGAGUCGCGCCCCCGAACGCUGGGCCAAUCGACCCCACGCCCGCUGACUUGUUGUUUUACCGACACUUCCCGAUUGAAGGCCUUGUCCCACUUCUUCAAGAUGAGACCCACCUCCUGAGUUCGCAAGCGGGUCAAGUCCAGGAGAAACCACACCAUUCAGACCAACGACAAUACCUGGGACUUGAUAUUCACUACCAGCAAGCUCUGGUGAAUGGUGAGCAACUGGAACAAGACCCGCCCUAUUCACAAUAUGUGGGUCAGCAAACUGUUGGCCAGGAGAAAAGGCUGCGCUUGUCACCACUUCCUGACGAUCAACAACCACCGCUUCCCGACGAUCAACAGCCAGUUCCCAAAGAUCAAAACGCACCUCACACAGCAAAGAACCAAGAAACGGUAACCAUGGCCAACAACAAAGCCAAAGUCACUUGUGAAGGGUGUGGCAAGGCCCUUGGGGCUAGGAGCAUGUACAAUCAUAAGAAAAUCUGCCGCAAGCUCAACUCCGAGGACGAGCUCGACCUGCCCAAGUGCACUCUCCCAGUUCUCGGCGGCGACCCGGAAAAGAUCUGCAACACCCUGCACCGCAGCAAGACAGCCCUCCGCGAUCACCAGCAAACAAGGCAUCACUAUUUUGCCCCCGGCGAGGCCAGCUAUGACAAGCGCAUCAGCAUCGAUUCCAGCUACCUGACAAGACUCUCCAAGACUGUCUUGAUGACUCGGGUGCGCUUGGAGGGCGAGCAGCUGCGCGAGCAUGUGGACGAGCUCACGAACGACAAGGUCAUUGAGAACAUUGACAAAUGGGUUAGAGCUGGGAUGGAACUUACCAAGGAGGAGUUGGCCGAGCGGUUGAUUUUGAUUCGGGACGAAAGAAGAGCUCUUGAUCUGGAAAUUCUCACUUAA